AUGCACAAUGUUAUUGAACGAUUAGAAAAAAAAAAUCGUACAACUAUAUCGAAUAAUCAAGCAAUAAGUUAUUCACUUGUAUCAUCAGCACAUCUUCCAUUUUCUCUUCGAUAUGAUUUAAUACGUAAUGAUUUAUGUCUUGUUGUUGAAGAAAAUCUUGAUCGUGAAUUAAUAUCAUCAUAUAUAUUUGAUAUAAUUGCAUAUGAUGGUGAUAAUCAAACAGGUAGAUUACAUAUAUAUUUAAAUAUUGAUGAUAUUAAUGAUUCUCCACCAAAAUUUAAUCAAUCAACAUAUACAAUAAAUAAUAUUAGUGAAAAUAUUCCUAUUGGUUCAAUUAUAAUUCGAGUACAUGCUACAGAUGAUGAUGAAGGUAUUAAUGGAGAAAUAACAUAUCAUUUAAUUAAUCAAAAUAAUUGUUUUGAAAUUGAUUCAAAAACUGGUGAUGUACGUGUUCGAUGUUUAUUAGAUUAUGAAAUGAAAACAAUACAUCGAUUAGAAAUUGAAGCUAGAGAUAAAGGUGAAGGAUUAAAAACAGAUUUUUGCACAUUAAUAAUUUAUUUAAUCGAUGAAAAUGAUAAUUAUCCAAUUAUUGAUUUUUAUCCAAAUGAUAUUCCGAUUGAUGCGAAUACAUUAAAAUUAUUUUUAAAUGAAUCAUUACCAAUCAAUUCAUUAAUAUUAUCUUUAUCAAUAAUUGAUCCUGAUUCAGGCGAUAAUGGACGUGUUACAUGGAGUAUUGAUGGAUCAUCAUUAAUUCCAUUUCAUUUAAUUCGUUUAACAGAAAAUACAGGUGAAUUACGUACAAAUCAAUUACUUGAUCGUGAAUAUAUAUCGGAAUAUUUUUUUGCAAUUGAAGCAAAUGAUUAUGGAAAACCAAAAUCAAAAACAACUCGUUUAAAUAUACAUAUUGAUGUUUUAGAUGAUAAUGAUAAUAAACCAAAAUUUCAACAAGAAAAUAUUCAUACAACUAUAAGUGAACAUGUAAAAAUAGAUAAUCAACAUGGUUAUGAAGUAUAUCAUAUUAAAGCUGAUGAUUUUGAUCAAGAUCAAAAUGGAGAAAUUGUUUAUUCAAUUUUAAAUGAAAAUAAUAAUCUUUUUCAAAUUGAUUCACAAACAGGAAUUAUUCGAUCUAUGGUUGAAUUUGAUCGAAAACAACAAGAUACUUAUGUAUUACAUGUUCAAGCAAAAGAUAGAGGUAAAGAUUAUUUUGCACAUAGUUUGUUAUUGAUUACUACACGAGUUGUAAAUCGAUUGAUUUAA